GCAUGCCAAGAGCCGGUAGCUGUGCGUUAUGUCCCGUGCACCAGCCCCUGGCUAAGGGAGGGACGCUCCAACCGUGGAUAAAGCGAUGGAGCUUUCUAAAGACACAGGCCAUGGGCCCGGGGGGCUGGGCAGGCUGCUGCUCAGACUGAGCCAGAGCAUUUUCUGUCGGAGGGGGAGGCUCCCGUGCGCCCUGCCUUUAAGGUGCAGGGAGAGAGAGAGACACAAGCAGCCCGCGCUGCAGUUGUGGGGCUGCAGCCCGGGGCAGCCACAGCCGAAGGAGGCGUCGCGAGCGGAGCGGGGCAGCUGCUGCAGGGCCGGCCCCGGGGGGACGCCGCGGCGGAGCCGGAGAGCCCGGGCGGUAAUUGUUUCAGAACAUCAUCGGUACCGGUGGCCCGUGGCAGCUGAAGCCAGGAGGAAGAGGCUUUUCUGAACAGUGAGGUAGAGCCUUAAAGAACAACAUGGACCUUGAUGUGUUAAACAUGUUUGUUAUAGCAGGAGGCACUCUGGCUAUCCCCAUUCUGGCAUUUGUAGCAUCCUUUCUCCUGUGGCCUUCUGCACUGAUCAAAAUCUAUUAUUGGUACUGGCGUCGAGCACUGGGCAUGCAGGUUAGAUAUGCUAACUAUGAUGAUUACCGGUUCUGUUUUUCUUAUCGAGGGAGACCUGGAUUCAGACCAUCCAUACUGAUGUUACAUGGAUUUUCAGCCCACAAAGAUAUGUGGUUGUCUGUGGUCAAGUUCCUUCCGAAGAACCUGCACUUGGUCUGUGUUGACAUGCCUGGUCAUGAGGGAACUACCCGAUCAUCAUUAGAUGACUACUCCAUCAAUGGGCAAGUUAAAAGAAUACACCAGUUUGUUGAAUGUAUCAAGCUGAACAGAAAACCUUUUCACCUGAUUGGCACCUCAAUGGGUGGAAAUGUUGCAGGAGUUUAUGCUGCUCAAUACCCAGCGGAGAUUUGCAGCCUGUCUCUUGUAUGCCCUGCAGGUCUGCCAUAUCCAACUGAUAACAAAUUUCUUAAGCGUCUGCGGGAGCUGAAAGAGUCUGAACGUAUUGACAGGAUUCCUUUAAUUCCAUCAACGCCCGAGGAAAUGGCAGACAUGCUGAAGCUUUGUUCUUAUGUGCGCUUUAAAGUACCUCAGCAGAUCCUGCAGGGCCUUGUUGAUGUUCGCAUCCCACAUAACGAAUUUUACCGGAAAUUAUUUUUAGAAAUUACAGAUGAAAAGUCCAGACACGCUCUUCAUGAAAACAUGAGCAAGAUCAAAGCCCCAACGCAGAUCAUCUGGGGAAAACAAGAUCAGGUUCUGGAUGUUUCUGGAGCAGAUGUUCUAGCAAAAUCUAUUUCUGACUGUCAGGUACAUAUUUUGGAAAACUGUGGACACUCUGUGGUAGUGGAGCGGCCCAGGAAAACGGCAAAGCUCAUAUUGGAAUUUUUCGCAUUGGUGCACAACACAGAGAACAAUAAGAAACUAGCUUGAACUUCAUGUAGAGUCAAGCACUUGAACAUGUUUUGAGUUGUGAAUUACUGAUGCUGUGAUAAGUUCUCAGGGAUCUUGUACAAAACAUGGCGAAUGUGCCAGAGUCCCUGAGGAAACCAGAAUCGUUGAUAUAUAAAGCUGUAGCGCUAACAACACACAGUGACCUAAGGGAUCCAUUGAGCAAUCUCCAGUUUUUUAAAUAUAAAACUAGAAAAUCAGAAAAUUCUAGCCAUGGAAUGUACUGAAAACUUGGAGUUUAUGCAGCCCAUGAUAUCUGAUCGUAUUUAAUGUAAAACUUAUUGGAACAUAGGUGUUAGACGUUGUUAGAAUAUGGAAGGAAUAAGUGAAGAGGGAGAACUUCAUAGACUGAGAUUUAAGGUAUUUCUGCUACUUAGAAUCUAUUGCAUUGCAUGAUAAAUUGUUAUAAAAGAAUUCUGAUGUUCCAGGCAUUUGCUGAAGUGCUGUUGAUAUAACUCAUUAACUUAUGAUUUAUGCAGAAAAUGAAGGCAACACAUAAAACUUAGUCCGCAAAAGGAAAAUGAGUGUCUGUCUGGGAUGUUUACACUUACUGUGGAUGGAUUUUUACUCCCUGAACAGCUCCUGUGUAUAUAUACUGCCUUAACAGUUUAGAAUAUUGAGGUGUUUGUACAAUCUGGCUUUGCUUAAAGGGGGAUACUUUCUUUUGAUGUUAAGCCCAUGUAUAUAACCACUCAAAUAUGGAGAGCAGUUUCAAGAUGGUUAUUAAAACAAGUGGAGAAAAACUCCUGGAGCCAUUUAUUCUUUUAGGUUUGGGGCCUGAUUAAGCAAUAAUACUGUAUAUAGAUGAGUGAACGAACAAAUUCAGGUUAACACAAGGGGUGAGCUCUUAGAUCUUUUAUAUUCUAUUGUGUUGCUGAAUAUUUUGAUGUACAUAAUGAGUUUCUUAAUGAAUUCUGUGAAUUCUGUGAUUGGUAAUGUAAUUGAAAACAAGUGUAACAGAUGUAAGCUUAAUGAGAUAAUUGUAAUAAUAUUGGUUAGAUGCUAUACAGGCUCGUGUAUUUCUUACCUUUUACAAUAUGAAUUGCUAGCAGAUGGAUUAUAAGCUCCAAUGGAAUGCAUUUUAAAAUAUAGUGGUGCAGAAAAGUACAAAAUACAGUAGUGUUUCCUUUUGAUGAUUUGUAUGUGUAAUUAAAUUUAUAGUCGUAACUUUUAUCUAAAUGAAAUUAUAUCAAAACAAAAGAGCCAGACUAGUUACGUUUUGUUAUCUGUGAUGCACCUUUUAUGACAUGUAGAGAUUGAUUCUGGACUGCCUCACCCCCAGAACUAUGCAGCUCAUGUCCCUGUGUAUCUUCAAGAUCAGCUGCUGUGCAUGCAUUCAAGCUAUGCAGCAGUUCAUGCUGCAGCACUGAUGAGAAUCUGCUCCUUGGUCUCAAGCAUUGCUUGUAUUUAGUAGAAAGCUCAAGAGUGCACUGUCUCCUUGAAAGCGUGUGGGAUGACAUCAUUAUACACCUGCCACCACUCAUUCCCUUUGGACUUCUUACUUGGACAUCAACAUUUGACAUUUUUUCUAAACUGUAAAGAUUCUUGUAGACUGUAUAUUUCUAUUUAAGCCUGCAUUUCUAAGAGCCACCUUUGAGCUCCUUUUCCAAUGUACUAUGAUCUGUAUAUGAAACCCAUUGCUAGUCUGUCUUUUAUUUAAAGAGAAAAAUCAGAAACAUUACAUUACAUUAAUUGCUUGGUCAUUGUUUCUACUCUAGGAAUAAAUACAGACAAAGUGGCUGACAAUUUUAUUUGUGAAAAGCUGGAAAAAAAAGUUGUUAGAUGUUUACAUGGUUUCCAGAAUAUGCAAAGGACUUAAAUUAUUAUUAAAAUCUAGUAAUUUA